UCGCUGUGCGCAAAUUGUGUGCCGAAUUUCAUGAGCCGCGCGGAGCCGUCCCGGUUGGUGGCGGCCGCUUCUGUCGAUUCACUCCCUGACGCGUCGCGCGCUGCCGCUGCGAGGACUGGGUUCAAGACCAAGGAUCCCAUCAGCUGACCUGGUGGGGGCAGGGAGCCAGGUCUGCCUCUAUGAAGAAGUCAGCCUCCUCACCCCCAGUCAGCGUGCGUUUCCUCAACAACAGCUGCAGCGACCCAGAUGGCUCUGGAGAUGAAGCAGGCCAACUGGAGCUGCAAAUGGGGCUGGAGGACGACCGGCAGAUACAGGAGGAGGCGGCCGGCGACGGUCAGAGGGUAGCGGGGACGUCUGACCCGGCCUCCGCCCCGCUGCCGCCGCCGCCGGUGGCGCCGCCGCGUAAACACUCGACACGCAGCCGGGCGGAGGAGUGGAGGGGCGCCCUGCAGGACCUCUCCCCGGUCAAAGAGCUGGUGUCGCGGCUAGGCAAGACGCGCUCGUCGAGCGUCGACGCAACGGCGGCGACGGCGGAGAGGGCCGACAAGGCGGCCGGUAAGACGGCCGCGGCCACGGACAGAGCGGAGAAGGCGACCGGGAAGGCGGCGGCCACGGCGGAGAAGGCGGCCGAACCGCGACCGAGCCAGGACAGCGAUGCCUGGGCCCGGUUCGCCGAGCUCAAGGGCAAGAUCACCAAAACUGUUGAGGAGAAGAUCAGCGACUACCGCGGCGGCUCUCGGCCGGCGGCCAGCGCGGCGCCGGCCGCCUCGGAGCUGCUGAGCGAGGCCGACGUGCUGGAGGCGCGCUGGUGCUGA